CUGGUGGGUGGACGUGUACAGCGCGCGUCAGGCGGUUCCCGGAUGCACCCAACAGAAACAUGGAACGGGUUGUGGUGGAGGUGCCGAUCAACAACGGCUUUUCCCUCGCCGGCCCUUCCACGACCCCCCGAAAGCGCCAGGUGCGUUUUUCAGCGCGGCAUGACAUCAUCCUUCUGCGGGAGGUUAUCGCCCAGAACCCCUUUGCCUCCAAAGAGCCAGGACGGAUCUGGGCCCGCGUGGGGGAGAUCAUCACUGCAGCCCUCCAAGACGAAAACUUUGAGGUGGACGCCAGGAGGUGCAGGGAGAGGACCAUGCUGCUGCUGGACUACUACAAGAAACAAGACUUUCCCAGUCUGCGCCGGUUUGGAACAGAGAGGUUGUAUGCUCAAAAGGAGGAUCUGCUCCAUGAGGUGUUGGAGCUGGAGGCUGAGAAGGGGCUGCUGGCCAGCGGGGAGAGCACAAAGUACCAGGAGGAUGAGCUGAGAAAGCGAGCCAUAGAGGAACUAACUCUGCCAGAGCAGGACAAACCCAACAUCACCAUCGCACAAGCACCGUCUGCAGCAGAACCAGAAGAAGACCGUGAGGAAAUGGCCGAGCUCUCAGCGGCGCCCAUGGCCAAGCGGCCCUGCCAGUGCUGCUGCCAGACCUACUCUGAGAUUCUCAGCUUCCUGGAGAAACGCUCGGAGGCGGAGCAGCGGCUGCGAGAGGAGGAGCUCGCUCUGCGUCGGGAGGAGCUGGAGAUUCAAAGGAGUAAGAUUGCUCUGGAGAGGGAGCGCCUGGGAGCUGAGAGAAAAGAGAGGGAACGGAGAUUUGAGCUGGAGAGCCAGGAGAGGCAGGUCAUCUUGGACCUGCUCAAAGAGAAGGUGCUGAAAGGCUGAUCACCUGCAUUUUGAUGCCGUCUUAGAACAAAUAUCAAAGCAUGAAGUAUGGAAGAAAUGUGAUUGACUCUAAAAAGAGGAAAGAAAACAAGGAAGCAGGAAGUGAAAAGAUCGGCGGUUGUUGGUUGUUACACGCACGUCAUCGACCUGGUAAAAUAGCCUAACAAAUUCUAAUCACAGAUCCCACAGCCUGUGCAGAGAAGGGUGUGGGGCGGUGUCUUAGAUGUGGUGAGCAACUGAGCCAAAACAAGCAGACAGGUGUGCCAGGUUGGCAUGAUUUAUGAGUCCGUGGUGUUCACAGUGCAAAGGGACAUCAUUCUUUGUGGUUCCACGGUGAAGAAAUUAAAACAAAACAAAAGAUGCACGUACAGGCAUUUAACAUUCAAGUCCCGUAGCAGCUGAAGGUUUUUGAAAAUCCUGCAGCACUGAAGGGAUGGUUCAGGUUUUUUGAUGUGAGGUCGUGUGAGGGACUUAUGCAGUCAGUGUAUUACCUACAGUAGACAGCAGGUCUGCACGAGCCCAGUUUGGAGAAGCAGACAGAAACAAUGCUGCUGCUGCUGCUGCGGCUGCUUCCCUCAUCCACAGCAGUGCUGUCAGUGCAGAGUCCACUUCUCCAAACCGGGCGUGCUCAUCGCCAUCUACUAUAGAUGAUACACCACUCCAAUCAUCUUUUUUGCUUCAGAAGGUUCCUGAGUGAUGUGAGCCAGAAGUAUCGAAGUGGCAGCCAUGAUUAGAGCGGCUUGAAUCCUCUAAACGCUAAGAAAAGAUGCUUUGGUGCUUCCUUUUGAUCUCUUGUAGCACAGGAUGCACUGGACCAUCCUUUAUGAAAGGACAUGUGAUAAUGCUGUUCCACAGUUCCUUGCUGCAGCAACAUUUAAAGCAACAGCCUGUGAUAACACUGGACUCUUUCUUAGCACCCUGUUGUUGUGGACUGAACAGAGGUAACCAUCAAAUAUGUCCAGAAAUUUGACAGUGCUGUGACAGAUUGCCUGAAGCUGAACAGAGCGGAAGACUGUCCUGUUCAGGUAAUCUUGUGCAUGUGGACCAUGGGGAGCUUCGAUGUGGACGUGGCCUCCAUCAGUGGCUCCCACAUAACUGCUGAGGGCUGGGCUGUCGGCCAGGUGUGGGAGCCAUGACCACGCGGACCGCCUUUUCCAGGAGAGACAGCAGUGCGUCACACAUCUGAUGAACAAUGUCAAACACGGUUGUCUUUGGCACAUCAAAGACCUGGGGGACAACAGUGUAGGAUAAUCCAUGUGCCAGUCAGUGGACCACAAGGAGGACCUCUAUAUAUUACACCCAGCCAUGGGUCAUCUCCCUCCUGAGAAGGGCCAUCAGUGUUCAAUAGUCAAAACAUGUCUUUUGAACUAAGAGGGACAUGGGUGUUGGGGUUGCAUUUAUUUUGCUCCUCUCCUGUAAAAG